UAGUAGAGAUCAUAGUUUGUGACGUGUGUGGCUAAAUCAUAAAAGGGGUCAAUGGCUUCCACCUUGGCCUCUGCCACACUGGGGCGGGGGACGCUCGAUCAGCCCUUUGGAGAGAGUGCUUCAUCUUGGAAGCAGAUUUUCCAACCUCAGCACAGCCCCAGGCAGCCUCUUGACUGCAUAGGAGAGAACCACCCAGACAAGCUGCCCUUGAACUCCGAGCCACAGAAACCACGAGAGAGGACCAGAGACGAGGAGGAUGGUGAUGAUUAUGAGAACAUGGCACCGCCCUACAAGGACCUUCCUCCCAAGCCAGACUCAAUGGCUCCACCUAGGCCUCCGAGGGCAGGAAAGAAAAUGGAGAACCCCCCACUUCCCUGCAAGUCCCCAAAGAUCAAAGGCCUGGAUCGGAACCCUGUCUCCCGCACAUCUCCUCAACUGGGUGUCAACCUGGAGCCUCCUCCAUUCCAGCCAUCCCCAGCUAUAACUCCAGUGUCCCAGCUUAGUCGGAAGUCCAUGUGUCCUGGGUGCUACCAGGAAGAGAGACUGGUGGUGUACCUGUGCAUGCUGGUGGUGGUGUCACUGGUCCUGGGAUGCACUGGUCUGGCUGUGACCCUGAUUAAGUACCAGGAGAUGGUGGAAGAGCUAAGGAUAUUAACCUUUCAGCAGAUGGAGUGGCAAGCAAAUGUGACUGGCAUGGCAGGGAUAGCUGGCCUGAAGAAGGACAUUGACCACAUCAGAACUAACACCAACCAGUCCCUAUUAGAACUUCGGGGCUUAUUAGACUGUACCAGGGUCACCUGCCCGGAGGGUUGGCUUCCCUUUGAGGGCAAGUGUUACUACUUCUCCUCAACCACCAAGUCAUGGGAUGAAGCCCGGAAGUCCUGCCAGGAGAAUUACUCUCACUUGGUCAUCAUCAGUAGCUUUGCUGAACAGAACUUUGUGUCCAGGGCUCAUGGCUCUCCACGGGUAUACUGGCUGGGGCUGAAUGACAGGGAACGCGAAGGGGACUGGAAGUGGCUGGAUGGGUCACCAGUUACUCUGAGCUUUUGGGACCCAGAGGAACCCAACAACAUCUUUGAUGAGGACUGUGCCAGCAUGAACAAAGGUGGCACCUGGAAUGACCUCUCUUGUGACAAGAGUACAUAUUGGAUCUGUGAGCGGAAAUGUUCCUGCUGAACCCCACGGCUGAGGGUGGGUGUGGGUCCGUACCCAGUGCCCCUUGGCUCUUGGGGAUGAGAGCCUCCUGCCCUUCCACGGAAGACUCCGCCUCUCCAUGAGCCGACAUGGGCAUACCUAAGACGGAACGAACUUGGGUGUUGCAAGUGCCCUUGGGUGCAAGUGAGAGCAUUUCUAGGGCGAGGACUUGAAGACUUGUUCUUUUUUUUUUUUUUUUAAAGAUUUUAUUUAUUUAUUUGAGAGGGAGCGUGAACGAGAGAGAGUGCAGACAAGCAGGG